AUGAUCUUACUCGAGAUCAAUAAUAGAAUUAUAGAAGAUACACUAACAGUUAAAUAUAAAAAUGCACUGGCGCGCUUAAAGCCUGAGUCAAUAGAUGUGAGAGUUGCAGAUUUUGAUGGAGUACUCUUUCAUAUAUCAAAUGUUAAUGGAGACAAAACCAAAGUUAGGGUUAGUAUAUCAUUGAAGUUCUAUAAGCAGUUAGAAGAACAUGGUGCUGAUGAACUUCUCAAAAGAGUAUAUGGACCUCUUCUCACCACUGCAGAGUCUGGCUACAACAUCUCGUUGUUGCUCGAUCUGGAGAACAUUCCAGACGACUGGGAGGAUGUGGUGAAGAAAGUGGGUUUACUGAAGAGGAAUUGUUUCGCGUCAGUGUUCGAGCGGUACUUCCGACUGCAAGAAGAUGGAGACGUCAGCCAUAAGCGUGCCGUCAUCAACUAUAGACAAGAUGAGACGCUAUACGUGGAAGCGCAAGAAGACCGUGUAACGGUGGUCUUUUCAACAGUGUUCCGACACGAAGAUGAUAUGGUUAUCGGCAAAGUGUUCAUGCAGGAGUUAAAAGAGGGCCGGAGAGCGUCACACACUGCGCCGCAGGUUUUGUUUUCACACAAGGAACCACCACUAGAGCUAAUGGACACCGAUGCGAGAGUAGGCGAUAAUAUCAGUUAUGUUACAUUUGUGUUAUUCCCCCGGCACACGUGCUCCAUGGCGCGCGACAACACGAUCGACCUGCUGCACAUGUUCCGCGACUACCUGCACUACCACAUCAAGUGCUCCAAGGUGUACGUGCACUCGCGCAUGCGCGCCAAGGCCGGCGACCUGCUCAAGGUGCUCAACCGCGCGCGGCCCCAGACCGCGGCGCGCCCCACCGAGCGGAAGACCAUCACGGGAAAAACGUUUGUGAGGCGAGAUUGA